CAUUUGUAGUAAAAUUAUUAUUUAUAGUGUAGAUUCCAAUAUGAUUUCAGCUUGAAUAUGUAUAUGUAUACAAAAAGACAAUGAGUAAAAUUAUAUGGAUCUAAUUCACGUUUAACUAAUAGUUAGAAUUAGCCACAGUACAUGUUACUUACAACUUCAUUUAAAAAUGGUACGAAUAGAUGAUUCAUUCGUCUUACUCAUGUUAUGUUAAACUGGUUAUUCAACUCUUCUUAUGUGGUUUAAUAGUAGUAAGGGGAUACUCUAUGGUUUUGCAGUUGAUCUCCCAUUUUUUGCAUUUUAAUUUGUGGUUUGUUAUGGUGAUUCACCAAAAUACAAAUUUUGAUACGCGCUAAAAAUAUUUACAGUUCAAAAUUUCAAAUCAUAAUAUCAAAACUCAAACAUCAAUCAAAGCAUUACAUCAAACGAGCUAUUAUCACCACAACUACAACUACAGACCAAUGUAUGGGGAUAUAGCGAAUAAACUAAUCUUGGACGCCAAGCGUACCCUGAACUUAUCAGAACUACCACUCUACCAAACAGAUCUAGUCAAAGAUAUCCUUAAAGAAAUUCAAGAUUUAAAUAAUGAUUCGGAAUAUUUAUCAAGUGAAAAGGAAUUACAACAAGAUAAUCUUUCUGAAGAACAAUUAAAAAUAAACCAAUGUCAAUUAUUCGUCACUCUUUUAUCCAUGAGGCGGAAUAAACGUUGUUUAUUAGCUUAUCAACGUCUUCGAGCUGAGAAAAUCGUUGAAUUCUCUUGGUUAAAUAUUGAUCCUAUAUUAGAAUCAUCCACCAAUAAUGGUACUACCUCCAAUGGAAGUACUGCUAACACAGCUAAACCAAAAUCAACCAUCCAUGACUCAAACUCAAUUUAUAAUAACUAUACCACCCAAUUAUCUCUUGAUAAUUUAAAUCAUGCCGAACAAGAAUAUCUCAAAAGUUAUCAAGAUUUAAUCUUGAAUUAUAAAUCAAAAUUCUACGAUAUAGACUUAUCAGGAGAUCUUGAACCUCCAACUAAUAUAUUCAUCGAUGUAAGAGUUUUGAAAGAUGGUGGUGAAGUCCAGACUGAAUAUGGAUCGUUUAAUUUAAUUAAAGAUUCUCAAUUCUACGUUAGAAAAUCAGAUGUGGAUAGAUUAAUUCAACAAGGGUAUUUAGAAGAGUUAUAAAG